UCCAUGCACUAGUAUCACUCAUCGUAUUUUUUGACGUCAACGGGAACCCGGUCGAGAUGCGGUAAAGAGCCGGUCACCCGAAACCUCGGGAAUGGCCAAGAGCACGUGACCUUCUAGCUGUUUCUGCCGCCAAGUCUGGGGAUGGGGAAGAAUGAAGAAAGGCCUGGAAAAUUUUCGAGACUUUGGCUUCAUCUUCCCCAGCUUCCCUCCCUUCUCUUCCAUCUCCCUUCCAUCUCACCCUCCUCCUCACCUCCCACCCCGCAUCAAUUCCGGCUGGGUUUUCUUCUAUAUCUUUAUUCUAAUACCGUCUUGUCUCUUCUUUUUCUUCGUCCUCCUGUUUAGCAAUGCAGCGCGCCCUGUCUACCCGGACUUCGGUCCUCUCGGCCGCUUCCAAGCGUGCCCCCUUCGCCCGCUCUCCCCUGAACCUCCAGCAGCAGCGUUUUGCCCACAAGGAGAUCAAGUUCGGUGUUGAAGCUCGUGCCAGCAUCCUCAAGGGUGUCGACACUCUCGCCAAGGCUGUUACUUCUACCCUCGGCCCUAAGGGUCGCAAUGUCCUCAUCGAUUCUCCUUACGGCUCCCCCAAGAUCACCAAGGACGGUGUUACUGUCGCCAAGGCCAUCACUCUGCAGGACAAGUUCGAGAACCUCGGUGCCCGCCUCCUCCAGGAUGUUUCCUCCAAGACCAACGAGCUCGCUGGUGAUGGUACCACCACCGCUACCGUCCUCGGCCGUGCCAUCUUCUCCGAGACCGUGAAGAACGUUGCUGCUGGCUGCAACCCCAUGGAUCUCCGCCGUGGUAUCCAGGCCGCCGUCGAUGCCGUUGUCGACUACCUCCAGGCCAACAAGCGUGACAUCACCUCCGCUGAGGAGAUCGCUCAGGUCGCUACCAUCUCCGCCAACGGCGACACCCACGUCGGCAAGCUCAUCUCCAACGCCAUGGAGCGUGUUGGCAAGGAGGGUGUCAUCACCGUCAAGGAGGGCAAGACCUUGGAGGACGAGCUCGAGGUUACCGAGGGUAUGCGCUUCGACCGUGGUUUCACCUCCCCUUACUUCAUCACCGACCCCAAGUCCCAGAAGGUCGAGUUCGAGAAGCCCCUGAUUCUGCUGUCCGAGAAGAAGAUUUCCGCCGUCCAGGACAUCAUCCCCGCCCUGGAGGCCUCCACCACUCUCCGCCGCCCCCUGGUCAUCAUCGCCGAGGACAUUGAGGGUGAGGCUCUCGCCGUCUGCAUUUUGAACAAGCUCCGUGGUCAGCUCCAGGUCGCUGCCGUCAAGGCCCCCGGCUUCGGUGACAACCGCAAGAGCAUCCUCGGUGACCUGGCCGUCCUCACUAACGGUACCGUCUUCACCGAUGAGCUCGACAUCAAGCUCGAGAAGCUCACCCCCGACAUGCUCGGCUCCACCGGUGCCAUCACCAUCACCAAGGAGGACACCAUCAUCCUCAACGGUGAGGGCAGCAAGGACAACAUCUCCCAGCGCUGCGAGCAGAUCCGUGGUGUCAUGGCUGACCCUACCACCUCCGAGUACGAGAAGGAGAAGCUCCAGGAGCGUCUGGCCAAGCUCUCCGGCGGUGUUGCCGUCAUCAAGGUUGGCGGUGCCUCCGAGGUCGAGGUCGGUGAGAAGAAGGACCGUGUCGUCGAUGCCCUGAACGCUACCCGCGCCGCUGUCGAGGAGGGUAUCCUCCCCGGUGGUGGUACUGCCCUGCUCAAGGCCUCCGCCAACGGCCUGGACGGCGUCAAGCCCGCCAACUUCGACCAGCAGCUCGGUGUUAGCAUCAUCAAGUCUGCCAUCACCCGCCCCGCUCGCACUAUCGUCGAGAACGCCGGUCUUGAGGGCAGCGUCAUUGUCGGCAAGCUGACCGACGAGUUCGCCAAGGACUUCAACCGUGGCUUCGACUCCGCCAAGGGCGAGUACACCGACAUGAUCGCCAGCGGUAUCGUCGACCCCCUGAAGGUUGUCCGCACUGCUCUGGUUGAUGCCAGCGGUGUUGCCUCUCUGCUCGGCACCACUGAGGUUGCCAUUGUCGAUGCUCCCGAGGAGAAGGGCCCCGCUGCCCCUGGUGGCGGCAUGGGUGGUAUGGGCGGUAUGGGCGGCAUGGGUGGCGGCAUGUUCUAAACGCAGCCUCCUCCCAUCGUCUUUCCUCCCCUCUACUACUUUGUGACAUGAUUAUCCCCCGCUGCAUCCUUUUUGCAUCGCCGCGCGGAUCUCUCGCGGCUCUGGACUUUUUGUAAUGCCCCCGGUGUUGUUCUAUUUACCUCUUGUUUUACCACCGCUUAUCCUUUCUUAUACCUGUAUUUCUCUGUGACUCCUACACCUCCUCUCUCCACUCUUCCCCUGGGGCUUGAAAAAAAAAGGUUCCGGCGCAAAUUCUGUAUCAUAUCUGUUCUCUCCAUUUACCAGAGGUUUCUAAUGCAUUUGAUGAUGCUAGAAUAUGUUUCCAUCUCAUAAUUGUCAGCCGUAGGACG